CAUGCCUGCCCAGGUUUCGGCCCUACAGUGUUUUCUUUUUUGCUCGCUCCGUUCGGAGAAUUUCCCGUGCCGUUGCUGGCUCCAAACCUGCCCGUAUCCCGCCGCCAUGCCGUCCCAGCCCCCGGCAGCGUAAAGCUGCACAACCCCCGGCCGUCCCCCUCGCCUGUAGCGCCGCCUAACGCCCGUACGCGGCCCGCUAUUCCAGCCCAUCCCCCCUACACCACUACAGAGGACGGUACGUUAGCCAAACAGGAUCACCACGUUAGAAUUAGAUCCUCAUCGCGAUCCGGAUCCAGCUUUGCAGUGAUCUACACACGCGUAGAUCCAGCUAGAGUGAUCCCGCUACGGCAGAACCUGUGGAUUUCUUCAGGCCCGUGUUUGUGUGUGUGAGAGAGAGAAGGUUUGUUGUUGACGCCCCCCCCCCACUGUAUGUGUGAUCGUGAGUCAUCUGUACUGUUACCAUCCAGCCACGCAACAAUAUAACAUAACGCAUUGCUAAAUCGGGAAACUUACAAAUUACACAACAAUCAAGACGCAAGAAAGACAACAAGAAGUUGGAUCUACUACUAAAACGUCUUCAAGAAACCAGGACAUCUUCCCAGGACAGGUGUGGAACCAUACAGUGUCCUCAGAAGACUCCAACUGAUGUCUACAAGAACUGCCAGACCCGCGGAACGAAGGAGUGAAAGAAACGAAGGAAGGAGAGAGAACAUAGGAGGAAGAGAACAGAGCUGAAGUAGUUUAUAUGUCGAUACUCAUGCUAAAAAACGGGAAAGUGCAAUAUAAUCAGAGAGUCAUGGCCAACCAAAGAACAGUACAACUAGUUUAGCCUCGCUGGAACGGAGAGAGAUAUGAUCGCGAGCUGAAAGAACGGACGGUUUUCGAGUGGAAAUCGGGAAAUAAAAUCGAUGACGAUGAAGGCAAAAACGUGCGGCGUACGAGAAGCGAUGGCAGAACAGCUCCUGAAGUACCAGGCGAACCUCCUGAACUGUGAGCGUUUGGCGGCCAUGUUGCAGGGCGGACUGUCCAAGACGCUGCUGAUCGACAGCAGGUCAUUCCUGGAGUAUAACACGUCUCACGUUCUAAACUCUGUCAACAUCUGCUGCUCGAAACUCAUGAAGAGACGUUUGCAGCAGGACAAGGUGUCCAUCCGUGAGGUUCUAAGAAACACCUGCCAAGUUCCAGUAGAGGAGAAAGAGGAGGUGAUAGUGUAUGACCAGUGCACCCAGGACCUGGACGGCCUGUCCACAGAAAACUUCCUCUCUGUGUUGCUGGGAAAACUGUCCGUAGCCUACAAGAAUGUCUCACUGCUCACAGGUGGCUUUAACCAUUUCCAGUCGUGUUUCCCGACCCUGUGUGAGGGCAAGCUGCCGACCUUUAACCUCCCGACCCUGUCCCAGCCCUGCCUGCCGGUUGCUAACGUGGGCCCCACCCGGAUACUGCCAUUCCUGUACCUCGGAUCUCAGAAGGACGUCUUUAACAGGGAGGUUAUGGAGUUCUAUGAGAUAAACUACGUGCUGAACACCAGCGUGACGUGUCCGAAGCCCGACUACGUUCCAGACACCCACUUUCUGCGGAUUCCCGUAAACGACAACUACGCCGAGAGGAUUUUCCCCUGGUUCGACAAAAUCAUCGAGUUCAUCGACAUGGUACGCGAGUCGAACGGCUGUGUGGUGGUGCACUGCAUGGCGGGCGUGUCUCGCUCGGCGACGGCCUGCAUCGCUUUUGUCAUGAAACAUCUGAACCUCAGCUCUGAUGAUGCAUACAGAUACGUGAAGGACAAGAGGCCGUCGAUCUCGCCCAACUUCAACUUCCUCGGGCAGCUGCUGGAGUUCGAGAAACUUCUGACGGAACGACGGGCAGCAUCUGCCGUCAUCGAACAACCCGCAAGGCUCGACCUCCAGGCUAAGGAUUCCAUGGAGGAUCCAGAUGAGAAAGAUUUUCUCUUCUGCGACGUUUUGCUGGACAACAAGUCGAACGAGGCGCGGUGGAAGGAAGAGAGAGACGCCACCUCCCCGUCCCAGACCCACGCGGCCAAAUCACUAAGCAAUACAGCGCCUGUACGGGACAUGCGGCAGGUGAAACGCUCGUUCUCGCUGAACGUGAAACACUGCCUGGAGAUGCCCUACAUCGUACCUGGCUUGUCCACAGGUCUGUGCUUCAACAAGCAGAACCCGAAGUCCGGUACAGAGAAAACGACGAAGGCCGCUGCGGAGCGGAGCGCCGAGAGUUCCGGGAGCGAGUCGGAGCAGGACCAGGUCGAGAUCCUCCACGACUUCAGCCGCGUACGUUUCCGUAGAAACCGCCUGCGGAAGAGUCCCUGCCGUUCCGUCAGCUGUCCGCAGGGCCUCAACCGCAGCCUGCAGUAUAACGAGAACUGCCAGGGGGACCCGGGAGUCCACCGGAAGUUUGAGCUAGACUUUGCGCAGGCCGUUCGGAUGAGCUCCAGUCCAGGGUUUAACUCGCAGUCAGGCCAAACCAACAGGAGCCCAGGGUUUUCUCCAGCGUCAAGCCACGGAAGGAGCCUGCAAUACAACGAGAGUCCCAAGGGGGAGCCGGGAGCACAUCGGAAGUUUGAACUUGACCUACGGAUGAGCUCCAGCCCGGGGUUAAGCUCGAGCAGCUCCGCGUCAAGGAGCUUGCAAUAUAACGAAAACUGCAGGGGGGAGACGGGAACACACCGAAAGUUUGAGCCGGACUCCAGCCCGGGGUUUUCCUCGAGCAGCUCAGCGUCGAGCACGCCGAGUUUGCAUGACCCGGCGGUCGUGUAUCGCCAGCGAAGGUUAGACCUCGACUUCCCGUCUCCGAGUUCCGCGGGGUCGGCGAGCGGAAGUCCUGGUUGCAAUGGAAACCGGAAAAGAAACAGCCGCGGGUUGUACCUGUCCAUCCCGUCGCCGAAUGGUACGGUCCUCGACAAGUGGCGGCAGAGUUUGGACCCGGCGGACGCGGCGGCGCACGACGCCAGCUGCCAGCGACAGUACGAGGAGAACAAACUCCCGCAGCAAGGCCACAGCCAAAACGUCGACAUGAUACCCGUUUCGUAAGAAAACGUCCGUGUGGUACCCGUUUUUCCUGAACUGUACAGACCGACGUUGUUUUAGUGUGUAAAAACAAAAACGUGCUCCGUGUGGUUUGGGUGCAGCUGAAGCGAAACUCAACCAAAAACUGUCGGCUGAAAAAAAAACUCAGUCCUGUUUUUCCAAAGACGGUGUCGGUGUGGUGCCAGCUGCAGGCAGCUGUUGCCACCCCUACAGCCCAAAUGGAUCGACCCAAAACUCAGCAGUCUGGUCAGCCUGUGGACUGCGCCACUCCCUCUCGUAGGGGUGGUCAGCAUGCGGCUGAUUGGUACCUCCCACUGGACGACAAUCUUUGCUUAAGGUCUCUCACCAAGGUAGCGUUCAUACAGCACUUCUGCACCCGGGUCAUAUGGAACGCUGUGGUGAGACCACGUCAUUCUUUUCUUCAACAAACCAAAAAGAGUCUGUUUACGAAGCAAUCGUCUGUUUCUCUCCUUUGUUGCUACCCCGUCCCCCUUGUGUUCCCUUGUUGCAAAUUGUUACAGAGAGGAUUGCUACACGUGGCAACUUCCACCCUUAAUGUGGCAGAUCGACACGGGAAAUCUGCAGCUGCAGGAUAGUAGAUAAAUGUGGCAAUCGAGCUGUGGCAAAAAGCUGAGCUGCAAGCUUCAGCAGGAAAAAAUGAAAGACGGAAAAAAAUGCCAGUGCAAAGUUGUGAAGGAACUCUGACAAGCCAGAGAGAAUGCAGCCAUGUUAUGUUAUGUUUUUCCCGUGCUAUGCAUGACAACAGUUGCCAUGGCCCCGUUACCAUGGGAACGAUUCACACCAGCGUUCCUCGACGUUUGAUAAACCAGGGUUACCCCAGAAAGACUUGUAACCUGAUAGCCAACAUUUGUUGCAUUUUCUAUAGCCAAAAGGGCGGGAAAAAACUUAAAACGCCCGACAGACUUGUGUACAGUUACUGAUGUAAGCUGCAUGCCGUACAUAUUAGGCCAUCCCAGAAACAUGGCCUACACAAGCACGUGGGCAGAACGUACUGCACCUGCGCGAAACCCGUGAUGUAUUGUGCAUAGCACUUCGACAGAACGUCUCAUAUAAGGUCGUAUU